GGUGCGCGCUCUAUACAAAAUGGCGACCACCAUUGAUUUUAGUAAUUCAUACGUAAACAUUGAGUAAAUAUUGACCAAGGAAAAGUGUACCAGUUGCGCAAAUCCAUGACUGUGAGAACACCUGCUCAGUGCUCUACCAACACAGCUAGCAUGUUCUUACUGACACUGUGCUGAAGCCCAGUUUAGACACUGUAUUUUACACCAUAACAGUAUUUUCCCGAGUGCGUGUUACUUACAGUAGUUUACAAUGAACUACGUAGGAAGUAUCUCGAUCAUUGACCGAGGGGAUGCCCCAGCAAAGGCCAUCAUUGACAAGAAUGUUCGUUCCAUGGCACAGCGUGUGGCCGAUGAGACAAAAGAAGAGCUGAAUAAGGUCAUGGAUCGCGUGGACAAGAUCUACGUAUCUUAUGAGAUGGCUACACAGACUGUGUUUGACAACCCCAGAGGCUCUCCAAAUGUUGAAUACAUAGAAGACAUAAAAGAGCUGGAGGAGAUAUUGUCGGACACAGUGAAGAAGAAAAAGUACCAGCAGCAGGUCACAGUGUUUGUGGUCGGGUUUCAGAAUGUGUCUGCCCAGAAGAUGCAAUUGCUGCAACAGGUCAAUCAGUUUUUCCUGGACAAUUCCAAGGGGGAAGAUGAGGAGGUUGUAGAGGAAAGGCUGCAGAUAGAUCUAGAUGAGGCCUCCAAACAAGUCCAUGAGUCUCUGAAUACAGCAGAAGAGCUGACAAAACGACUGUCUGAUCUGAACCAAGACAUCAUAGAGUGGUUGGUUAACUAUGCCAACACAAAGGCUAGUAACAAAGGCAAGAAAAGGUUGGAGAAAAACUUGGAGGCUGCAAAACAAGACAUAACAGAUCUCAGUGAAAAACUGUUGAAACUGCAGACAGAACUUGAAGAAAAAGACGAGAAGUUCCAGUUAAUGUCAAAGCAACUUGAUGUGAAAACACAGGAAGCCGUGCGAUACAAGACUGCUGCAGAUGUUGCCAAGAAAAGCGCCAGCGAUAACGAAGCUCACACAACAAUGCUGCAUGAGGAAAUCAAAUCGCGUGAUGAAAAGAUUGUGGAGUUGCGUAAAAAAAUCUCCAGAAUGGAGAUUAAUUUGACCGAGUCCCAGUUCGAUACGCAACUAGUCUCAAAGAGGCUGGAUAAUACACAGGCACAGACGAAGAAAAUACAUGAUCAGGAGAAGGAAAAGCUUGCAAAACUUCAAGAAGAAGUGGAAAACAAGAAAAUUGCACUGUCAGAGGCCGAGAGAGUUAUGGACAAACUCCACAAAGAGCAGUUGACCAAUCUGACACUGACCCACAAACAGGAAAUAGAGGAGCUGAAAAAUGAACACCAAGAACAGCUUGUAAAACUCACGGAACAGCUAAAGCUUCUUCAAGAGCAGCUGGCAGAAUAUGAAACAAAGGCUCGGGAAAGUUAUGAGGAAAAUGAGCAGCUUAAAGCUCGCGUCAUCGAAAUGCAACUGCGAGAACCCACACGGGAAAAUGUUGAUAUAACACACCUUUCAGAUACCGAUGAACGAUUGUCUGACGGUAAAUCAAUUGGAGAGAUUUCUGGGGCAGAGGAUGAGGCGUCCAGACAGUUUGACUAUUACACACUGUCGGCUGAUGACAAAAUUAAACCUCUCACUGACAAUUACAAACAGCAGUGUACAAGACCUGAAAGCAAGGCAAGCACCACUGCAAAGGCAGCCAAGAAGCCAGAUACAUUGAAACCCUCAAAAACCCCAGUGAGGUCAAAAUCUCCAAAUAGACUUACUCAGAAAACAGGCAAGAAAGACGGUACAGAAGUAUCUGCACAAGAUGAUGGCCUAGACCCCAACAAGGCCCAGGGUGACAAGGUCAACGACCCGAGUCGCCAGGCAAGCCGCUUAUCUAAGAACCUUGACCCAGUUCUGGAGGGUGAUGGUGCUGAGUUUCCAAAUGCUUUUGAUCUUCAUGACGAGGCCUCUUGGUCUGCUGUGCCCCCCGCCCAUGUUCCAGGGAGAUUCCUGCAAUAUCGUCAACUGACUGUUGCUAAGGUGAAGGAAUUGGAGGAGCAGCUCCAGGUGACCUUGACCAAGACCCACCGCAAGGUCAACUCCCUGAAGAGUCAGUUUACUGAACACAAAGGAAAAUGGGAAGCAGAGAGGAAAAUCCUGUUUGAGCAGGUAGAGCAGGCACAAAAAUUGCAGACAGACGCAGAGAAAGAGGCAGACGCAGCUAUCACUCAGCUAGAGGAGUUCAUCAAUGAGCAGGAGAAACUGGAAGAUGAAGAGGAGGAGAAGCGACAGGAGAUCAUCAAGUCCCUGUCAAGACCGGGAACCACGAGACGCAAGAAGUCAGUGCAGGAAACCAAGCCCCUGACACCAGAUGAAAAAGGUGCUGCACGUGGUGAGCGACUCGAGACUGAACACUCAGAUCAAGAGUUAAAGAACCUCAUGCAACAAACUGAUGAUGCCAAGGCACAAGAGAAGAAUGCUCGGCAAACUGGGGCCAUUUCUGCCCCGCCAGCUGUCCAACCACAAAAGUAUGAGACACCAAGAGAGGAUUAUGAGAGUCAACCAGUCACUCCAAAACAUAAGCGGAUCAGUAACCAGUCUGAAUCAACUCAAGAUCACCAAGAGCUUGCAUCUCUACCAAAACAAGCUUUCACAACUCCCAGACCAUCAAGUUUGAAGGAAAGUCAGGAAAAGAACGUUGAAAUAUCAAGGUUGGAAAAUCCUGAAAUGGAUCAUAAGAACGAAGAGGAAAUUCCCUUGGAAAUUUUUGAAGCGGGAAAAGAAAGGCUAACUAGACAGAGUUUGAGGUCAUUGCAUGAUCUUAAAACGUUGAGCCUAGAAGAUGUUUUAACUCCAGAGCAGCAAAAAGCUUUCGAUAAGUUACGGACUGUUGUAAGAAGCAUGUCAUCUCAGAGACCUAAUAGACCCUUUGAUGAAGCCCAGCUGGAGAGAACUAUCUCCAUUCUGUCAAUUGCCAGCCAGAUUGCAGCUGAAUCUGCCCAACUUGGCGGGCUACCUGGCGGGAUAUUUGAAAGCUUUGACAAGAAGGAUGCAAGGCUGGUAUCCCCGAAAUCUUCUCUGAGGUCAACAACAAAUUCAAGGUCAAAAAGGUCACAUACAAGUGGGUCAAAAUUGGAGGAGAAGGAGCCUUUACAUGAAACAGCAGAGUUAAUAGUUGAGAUAAAGGAUUCCAAGGCUGUCACUGUACAAGAAAUUGAUGAGAAAAUAAGCAAGGAAAAGUCACUUGAGCGGGAACCAAUCUCUGGCAACACAGAGGAGGAAGUGCGUCAGUCAUCCGCAAAGAGUCGUGCCUCAUUGCGUAACCAGUUCAAAUCACGAUUGGAUGAAACAAAACACGCUGUAGAGAGUCGGAGAACGAAAUCUCCUUUAAUCACUCUACCAGCUCAGAAAUCUGUUGACGAUGAGUUGAUUAUUGAGAGUGAUGAUGAGGAUUUACCCAUACCCGAUGAAUUGAAAGAGGAAGCUCUUCAAAAGGAGGAUAUGAUGGAUGCUGGCAUGUCACCACCCCCAGACAAAGAUGUGAAGAGACAAAUCAGUAUGGCUUCAAGGAAAUCCACAAACCUUGCAGACCACCCGCUCGUACAGGAAUACCUAAGGGCCUACACUGGCAUACACAACUUCAAAGAGGCCAUGAGCAGGGUCCUCAUUGACAAAGAUCAAAUGUCUGCAAGCCAACUACUCACAGAGUUGGGGUCGCUCUCGUUUGACAAGGAAGACAAAGUUAUACCUCAGAUUUCCAACAUGACAGAGAACAUUUAUUAUGUUCUGAAUGAAAUCUCCCAGGUCAUCAACAGUGUUAUACAGAACGAUAGGGGCCCAGUGGUAUCCAGUCUGAUGAUAGGCAUGACGAGGGACAACACACAGAGGACCAUCCUGAGGGAGAAAUCAGGGGCCACAGACGGGCUGCCUAUGACACAACAGAGCCAGAGACCGGAGCGUGUGAAGAGUGCGUCAACAGAUAGACAGCAAUACAAAGAUCUCCAGGACCAAUAUGAGAAAUUACAAAAUCAUAUGGCAGAUGAGAGCAAGAAAUAUGAGGAACAGCAGCAGCGGAACAUGGUGGCCAUGAUGGAGAUGCAGGAUACAAUCAACCAUCUGCAGCGUGAGUUAUCAGCUCUUGGCAAGCAGUCCCGCCGUCCUGCCUCGGAGUCCAUUUCCACGGCACCCCCACAGCAAAAAGAGUCAGCUAUAAUGUUCACCCGUCUGGACUCUGAGCGCAAUGCUAAGAUCAUGAAGAAGGCUGUUCAUGAGGAUAAACUGGACCCGAAUAGAUACAAGGAGGCUGUGGUACAGAUGGAGGAAUAUGUCAGUCUCCCAGCCCAGAGACUGUCACACCUUGUCAGGAAAUACGUGCACUAUGUGAGAAUGAAGGAAAUUGAAGCCAACGUCCAGAAGAGUGAAAGCCUCAAUGAGAAUGUGUUUGAGAUACUGGACAAAAUGGAGGCCCUACAAAGCAGGCGUGCCAAACGCUGGACCGAUAGGAUGGAUGUCAUGGGGAUGGAGAGGUACCCGCCUGGCCAACAUGCUGAUGGAGACACUGGACGGGAUAGAGCAGGAGAGUGGCAUCUUCCUCAUCAAGCCUAUGUACUCCUACAGGGGAAGGGAGCCAAAGGAUCGGUUCUCAGGGAAGAUCAGUCGGCCAUUCCGGCCACACCGCACUCUGUCUCCGCUGCGAGACUCUCACAGUGCCUAUGCCCCCGCACCCACACCCAUGUCCAAUGUGCGGCCCGCUAGAACCCAGCAACAACAACAGUACACUCAGCCCCAGAGCCAAGGUCAAGGUCAUCGCUAUGUCCCGUCCGUUCCCCUAGAGGGCAACACAGUGGGAUUGAUGGGGUCAUCGGUCGUAUAUGUGGGAACGCAGCCACAGGCAACUUGGAGU